CGACGCCAUUUAACAAUAGACAGCUAAAAGGGAAGGAGGAGAACGACUGUAGGAAAGGAAGGAGCUAAGGAGCUGCUACCCACAGGAAGCAGCUCCUGAAAACAUUUUAAGCACACUUCUUUGGAAUUUCUACUAUGGGAUGCUUCUGGGCCAGCCAAGACACCCUUUGAGAGGCAUAAUGAUUUUUCACAUAUAUAGAGAGAACAGCAUGAAUUUUUAGAGUCUUUGAGAAGCAAAGUCAAAAUCAGUCCAAGUAUGUAAAAUGCGUACAGAGAAGGAGGUAAGGUCAUCCUAAGGAGACCAGCUUCCAGUUGCUCUGGAUCAGUGGCAGCAUCUCAAAAUGGAAAUAGGGUGGAAAGUAUCAAGAGGGAAGGAUGUGAACCAGGUGGGAAGUCCAACUUCUGUCAUAGGAAAUGUUAGCCGUCUUGAUACCAGAGAGACAAAGGAAAACAUUGCCAUUCUGCCAGGGGUAGAAAUGGAGAUGCAACGCCAACACUUCCGACAGUUCUGUUUCCAUGAGGCUGAAGGGCCACAGAGGACUUAUGCCCGGCUCCGGGACCUCUGUCAUACGUGGCUGAAACCAGAGAAACACACCAAGGAGGAGAUCCUGGACCUGUUGAUCUUGGAGCACUUCCUGGCUAUCCUCCCAGGGGAAAUGCAGAGCUGGGUCAAGGAACGCAAACCGGAAAACUGUGCCCAAGCCGUGGCUGCUGCUGAGGAGUUCGUGAUGGUUCUAGAACAAAAGGGACUAGUAACCUUUGAGGAGGUAGCUGUGCGCUUCUCAGAGGAGGAGUGGGCCCUGCUGGAUCCAAACCAAAAGGCACUACACUGGGAAGUGAUGCAGGAGAAUUAUACAAACAUUGCAUCAUUAGCAGUUUAUAGGGAAGCAAGCACAACGGUCACAAAGCAGGGAAGUCUUGAGCCAACCAAAUCGGUUGUGCCUUCCCAAAGAAGGAUGACAAAGAAUGCCUUUCAGGAAGAAAAAAAUGAGAAUCAGUGCGGUCCAAGAAGGCAGCAAAGAAACCACUCAAUAGGCAGCUCAAGGAGACAGUCGAACCGCUACUCAAGGAAAAGAAAGAGUAAGUCCAUUCUCUGUGGGGUCAACAAGGACCUCAAUGGAACCCUACUAGAUCACGAAGGGGAGACCUGCCCCACAGCAGAGAAAGGUCUCAAAGAAGCCUCAGCUCUUCCUAAACAGAAAAGAGUCUAUAAUCAGGAGACACCCUUUCAAUGCGCAGAAUGUGGGAAACGUCUGAGUCGCAAGGAUCACCUUAUGAGACAUCAACGGCUCCAUAAAGAAGAGAAACCGCAUAAGUGCUCAUUCUGUGGGAAAGCUUUCAGUCAGAGCUCACGCCUCAUUGCGCAUGGGAGAACGCACACUGGGGAGAAACCAUAUGAGUGUACUCAGUGCGGGAAACACUUCCGCACGUGCAUAGGUCUUGUUCAUCACAGAAGGGUCCACGUGGAAGAGAAGAUCUACAAAUGUUCGUAUUGUGAGAAGUGCUUCUCUCAGAAUUCAUUCCUGAUGCUGCACGAGAGAAAUCAUAUAGAAGGGAGGCCCUUCGACUGCUCUGUCUGUGGGAAGAGUUUUAGCAGUAACUCUGAGAUUAUUAGGCAUGAACGAGCGCACACUGGAGAGAAACCAUACAAAUGCUCUUUCUGUGGGAAAACCUUCACUCAGAGCUCCCACCGCAUCACACACGAGAGAUCCCACACAGGAGACAACCCCUAUAAGUGCCCUGUCUGUGGGAAGCGCUUCAGUUGUAAUUCACACCUUAUUGUUCAUGAGCGCAUCCACACUGGAGAAAGACCCUUUCCGUGUUCGACCUGUGGAAAGAGCUUCGGUUCGAGGUCACACCUUAUCGUUCACGAAAGAAUCCACACUGGGGAAAAACCAUACAAAUGUCCAACAUGCGGGAAGGGCUUCGCUUGCAAGUCAUACCUAAUUUUACACGGGAAAACUCACUCAGGGGAAAAACCACACAAGUGCUCUGUCUGUGGGAAGUGCUUCAGGCGCAAUGCAGACCUUGUUGUUCACCACAGGACGCACACAGGGGAGAAACCGUACCAUUGUUCUGCCUGCGGGAAAGGUUUUCAUCGUCAAAAACACCUGGCGAAACAUGAGAAAACCCACAUGGAAGUCUUCACCUUAAUCAUCAAAUAAUAUAUACGGGAUGGAGAGGCCCGAGUUUGAGAGAAGAGUUUUUUCAUAAAUCAUUCUUAAUACAUAAUGCGGGAUGGGGGAGUCACAUAGCUCAGUGCAGUGCACAUAUUUUGCAUUAAACAGGUCCCAGGUUCCAUCUCUGAUGGAGUCUGGAUCUCAGAGAGAUGAGAUGGGGAAAAGAGUUGUGUCCUGUGAUCUUGGCACACAAUUAUAGGGGCUGGUUCUGACUGAUAAAGCACUUUCACAUCAUUAAUGUGAACUUUAUAUAUCUCAAAAGUUCACAUCAUUAUGAAUUAUGAAUGAUGUGAGAUACAUGAUCAUUAUAUGAACUUCAUAUAUCUCAGAAAUUUUCCAUCAUGAUUGUUAAUGAUGCAAACAUGUUUAUAGAAAAGCAGAAUAGGGUGAAACAAGCUUUCCUCUUCCCUUGCAAAUGACACAUGUAUUUAUUUCCAUAGCAAAUUUCCAUGCUGGUUUGGAACCUCUCUCCAUGCUUCCAGCUAUCUACUCCUUCCUCCCUCCCUCCCACCCUUCCAAAAACUGUUCUGGAGAUGAGGGUAGGGUUUUCCAUGACUGGACAGGUUCUAGUCAAUCAGUCCUCAGCACAAUCCAUUCUACUUCAAACUGUUGGACUCAAUUCUCUCUCAGUAACAUGGAGGGCUUUCCAGAGCUGUGGCUCAUGUUUCUGCUCUUCUUAAAGACAACCAAGGCUGCAAUUUUGACUGUACACACCAGGCACCGUGUUCAAACAGCCUGUUUUUAGUUGCUCCUUUCCCUAGAAGGAGACCCACCAAAAUCUGAGCUUGGAUUACUUCUAUUGGUGGUGUAAGAUUUGCCUUUUUUCAUUACUGGAAUUAAGAAGCCUUGAGGUAAUUUUAAUUGUUUAGUUUAUCUAUGAAACCUCAAACUGCUGUUGACUUCCCAAAGGCCUUUGCGAUAGAAACUGAAAUAAAAUUUGGGGAGGU